AUGAUUCAUGCUGGAAAAUCAAAGGAUUCUCCACAAAUUCAAGUAACAACAAACUAUGUUGAUCGUUUUGCGCAAUUCUUUCGUAUUGAUGUACAUGAUGAAGGUCGUCUUACUCAACAAGCUUUUUAUUAUGGAACAAAUAAAACAGGAUAUGAUAUAAACUACGAUAAAAAUCCUCCUCAAUGUGAUAAAAUUCAUGAAAAUUAUGCAGAUAUGUUAGCAGAUUGGCAAACAUUAUCCUACGCUGGUAGAACAAAGUCUGUUAGUGAACCACAUAUAGAAUGUAAUAUGUGGAAUCAAACUUCACAAUCUUGGACAUGGAGUUAUCUUGCAUCAGUGAACAAUAAUACACCAAUUGAAGUCUUAGAUAAUAGUGUUCUUAUAUCAGUAUUUACAAACUAUACCAUCGGACCAUCUGUUGUACCUAAGAGUGUCUUCUAUUUACCUAUUCCAGAACAUACAUGUAAAAAACCACAAACCAAUUAA